UAGUUAUACAUAAGCCUUGUACAAAGUCGGUAGUAUCGAAGGCUACUUAUAAAGUGAACCUGCAAUUCAAUACGUUAUGUUAUUCGUUACACAAAACUAUUUUUUUUAAAACGAAGUGAUAAUUAUAUUGAUAUAGUGAAUAAAAGACUGUAUUUAAGAUCUCAUGAAGCUUUCAUUAACAAUGUAAAUUAAUUUAAUUAUUAUUAGUACAAUCAGUGAUAAAACUGUGAUCAGUGUUUUAAGUGGAUAGAAUAAUGAUCGAACUAGUGAAAGUGGGUGACAAUAGGGUGAAUGGAUCAGUGCGCGACCUCGGCGGCGACUCCUUCGUGUGCAGGGUCCAGUACCUCAAUGACCUUGACCCUUUUAUGGAGUACAACGUGCGCGAACCACCACGCCCUCUGUACCACACGUUCAACACCACCAUACCACUGUCGUACCAAAUAGCUGCAGUACACCGUCUCUUGCAAGCGCCGCACAGGUUGGACGAUGCAACUCUUCAAGUCUUUAAGGAUGGUGACUACGGGCCAUACCUUGAUCUGGACUCCUCCCUCGGCGAGCAGGAUGAAGAACUGGAAGGCCUGCAAGACAGUCGAAAAAAUGCUUUGGUACUACGCACGCAGCUAUCCGUUCGAGUGCACGCUAUUAUCGAAAGGCUGUUGCAUUCUCAAGGGCGGGAGUUACGACGAGCCCUGUUCACGCUCAAGCAGAUCCUACAAUCCGACAAGGAUCUGGUACAUGAAUUCGUCGCUAACAAGGGCUUGGACUGCCUGAUGCAAGUUGCCAACACGGCUGUGCACAACUACCUUGACUACAUCUUGAGAGCUUUAGGACAGAUCCUGCUCUACGUUGACGGCAUGCAUGGUGUUAUGAACCAUAAGCGAUGUAUCCAAUGGAUGUACUCACUUAUAGCCAGUCGGUUUCGACAUGUUGUCAAAACAGCCCUAAAACUUCUCCUGGUUUUCGUGGAAUACACUGACAAAAACUGCAUUCUUCUUAUAGAGGCAAUCACAGUCGUGGAUAGUUCAAACGGUAGACCUUUCUGGUUUAACGUUAUGAAAAUCCUUCAAGACGUCGAUGCAUCUGAUACGGAACUCCUAAUAUAUGCCACUACUCUUGUAAAUCGAUGCUUGAACAGUCUGCCUGAUAGAGAUAUGUACUAUGAUCACGUAGAUUCUUUGCAGGAGCAAGGGAUCGACGAUGUGGUCCAACUAUAUAUGUCGAAACAAGGUACUGAUUUGGAUCUUUUAAGGCAACUGCAAAUAUUCGAAGCUGUGCUUUUAUAUGAGGAUGGAGACGAAAGUGGUACUGCUCUUAAACAAUUAGAUGAAUCUGUCAUCACCUCCGUUAGAAGAAGAAGUCUCAAUUUGAAAGGGUCAGAACGACGAAAAUCUAAAAAACAAGAAGACAAAGCAAAAGCGAUGACGCCGAAUAAGACUCCAAAUGAACCGGAAAACAUUACACCAGUAAGACCUGCCCACUUAAUCUCAAUACUAGACAGCAAAGAAAACAAAGAAUUAAGCACUGCACUUAAAAGGAGAAGGGAUCGUUAUGCAAGGCAAGCACAUCAUAUAUUGCAACAACAGGAACUAUUGAAUGCCAACGGAGCUCAUGAAAAAAAUAUUGAACAAUGGAACACCAACUCGCUCAGAAACUACACCAGUUUCAACGGUACUCCUAACAGAUACAUGGAAUAUCUUCCGAACGGCAGUCUCAAUGGCAGCACUAACUAUAAUGGCAAUGAAAAUAACGGACACGCAGAAAGCAACGGAGCGAAAACUGCAAACCUUCCAGACAUUUUGUUGAAUGGAAACCAAAGAUAUACUAGUGGACUAAAGCAGAGGAUGCAAAAUGGUACGUUAGGUCACAGCGUCAACGCUGCUGAUGCUUUAGCAGUGGCGGGCAGGCAAUUGGACUUCACAGCUGAGCCCAAGGAUGACAGAGAAAUAUUAUUACACAGAGAGCACAGCAUUAAAGAUCUAGCGCAAAGAUUAACUACUCCUGUGAGUCCUUCUACAGAGGAAAAGCCUCUGAGGGUAUCGGAUAUGGCAGGGAUUGUGUCGAAAGCCAAAGAAGAAUUAGCCAAAUCGAAAUCUAAAGAAAUUAUAAAAAGUCCCGCCAUAGAAAAGAGUUCCAAGAUACAUGAUAUGAAAGUAUCCGAAAAUGAUCUUCACUGGGAAGAACUUCGAAAGGGAUGCCUAAAUCGAGAGUUUCAUCUUUGUGACUUGGAUUUUUCCGAUCUAAGAUACGAUUCAGAUGAUGAUGCUGUGUUUCCGGCGAUCAAUGCCACAAAUGGCCCCCCACCCCCUCCUCCUAGCAUGCUCCCUCCUCUAGGAAUUCCCCCUCCUUUACCUACAUGUUUCUUAAGCUUACCAAAAAAUUUUCCUAAUUCAUCAAUACCAUCUGAACACUCGAGUGAAUCAGCAAACUCUACACUUAAGAAAAAUAAAAAGACUGUUAAAUUGUUUUGGAAGGAAAUUCAAGAAAAUCCUAUACCCACACCUAUCAAGUCUAAGAUUGGUGGAUCAAUUUGGGACGACUUGCCUGAAGUUAGUUUGGAUACAGCUUCUUUAGAACAUCUCUUCGAAUCGAGGACAAACGAUUUAAUUAUUAAGGAAAAACUGAUGGAACCAAAGAGAAACCUAAUAUUGGACACAAAGAGAUCGAAUGCGAUCAACAUUGCAAUGAAGAAACUACCAACACCGCAGACAAUCAAAGUAGCUAUCAUGAAGAUGGAUGCGACGGUUAUCGGUCGAGAGGGAAUCGAGAAGCUGCUGACUAUGCUGCCUACGCAAGAGGAGAAAGUCAAGAUACAGGAAGCACAGUAUGCCAAUCCAGAUUUACCUUUGGGUAGCGCGGAGCAAUUCCUGCUGACUUUGGCUUCUAUAAAUGAGCUAUCAUCAAGACUUAAACUUUGGGUCUUCAAACUGGAUUUCGAUAAUUUAGAGAAAGAAAUAGCAGAACCUCUAAUGGACCUAAAGCAAGGCAUAGAGCUAUUGAAGAUUAAUAAAACCUUCAAAGUGAUCCUGUCAACGUUGCGGUCUGUGGGGAGCUUCCUAAAUGGUAACCAGGUGAAGGGGUUCCGUCUGGAAUACCUCUCUAAGGUGAUGGAGGUAAAAGACACGGUUCAAAAGCACCCCUUGCUGUACCAUAUUUGUGAAAUGAUUAUAGAAAAGUUCCCAGAUACGACGGAUUUCUUCAGUGAGGUGGGUCCAGUUAUAAGAGCGUCAAAAGUUGACUUUGACGUUCUUAACGUGAACCUGGUAAAGCUGGAGACAGAUUGCAAAGCGUCCUGGGACCACAUGAAACGCGUCGCCAAGCACGACGGUUCGCAGAUCUUUAAGACGAAGAUUAAUGAGUUUCUAACCGAUGCCGCCGAGCGAAUCAUUUUGUUGAGUCUUAUCAAGAAGCGGGUGAUGACUAGGUACAACAAAUUCCUCCUAUACCUCGGUGUUCCACCUACUGAAGCCACCAAGACUAAGCCAGCGGAGCUGUUGAAAGUGAUUGCGGAGUUUGCACUGGAGUACCGAACCACCAGGGAGCGAGUACUGCAGCAAUUGGAGAAGAGGGCAAACCACCGCGAACGAAAUAAGACCAGGGGGAAGAUGAUCAUUGACGUGGGCAACUAUACCAACAAGACCGGCGAGCAUACAGCGGACAGCGCUCUUAAAGAACUAUUGAAGAGUGACGCGGAUGCUGACCUGGUUGCUGAUAGGCGAAAACCUACACCUACGCAAUUACACAAUGGCGAAGAUGAGAUAAUAGAGAGUCUAGUACGAUGCGCUACAUCCAAACGAAGACCUCUAGCACGUGAUCGACGUCGAAACAGACUCGCCGACCGUAAGAGCUUGAACAGAACCCUCGACGGACACCAGUCUUGGCCCUGCAAGCAGUCAAAUGACCAAUCACCAGCAGAGCUUCAACAAAGAUAACAAGAUGCGUUUAUUUAAUAUUUUUUUUUGUAUUGACCAAAUCUCGUUAAUCUCAGUUAACCUUCAUAGCUAUCUGGAAUAUGCAUGUGAAUCUAAUAUAAUAAGUUGGGGAAAAUAAACUUUAUGUAACUUGGUACGGAUUGUCCGUUAGACCAAUAGGCGUAUCUACCGCAGUAUCAAUGGUAUGGGGCCCCCGGAUUGCAGGGGCCCCUUAUGUGUGAAAGCAAAAUUUAGUAUUGACCCACAAUCUGUAGUCUGGUGCUUCUCUGAGAAAAAAACAUAACAUAACUACUCACUAAAGAGACCUUUUUUAGAUUAAAAAGAGUAAUGGGCCCCGCAACUAACUUCGCUAAAGGGCCCCUCCAAGGCAAGCUUCGCCACUUCACUUUAUUCUAUAACGAUGUAUCAUGUUUUAUUUUUAUUAAAGUUUAUCAUUACCAGAUACCGUGUAAAUUUAUAAAAUAACAUGCAUAUUCCUUAGGUCAAUAUAGGUCCUACUGUGCCUGUGACUGACCAAUUUUUUAAUCACUAGGGGGGUAUCUACUCUUUUCUGACUCCUCUUGGCAAUGGUAUAAGUGGCUUUUCUUUUUGUAUUUAAGUAUUUACUGUGUAGCCCCCUUAUUUUCUGGUGACAACGAAUACCUACCUACUACUAUGGCUAACAUCCGUGAUUAUAGUGCGACGCAAAAGAGUACAAAGUAAAUGAGGGUGCUGUAGUCACUUAUUGUCGUUCUUAUGGUAAUCCUGUGUAUAGUGAUCCCUUGAAAUUGCAACUACCUUGAUACUUGAUAAAAAAGCAAAAUGAAUUAUUUGAUUACCUACCUUGAUAUUUAUUUUGUUCUAGUACGUGGAUAAUAUUAUGUUGCUGUUUUAAAUAUGAUGAUCUGUUGAAAAUAAUAUUAUUUUCUAAUGUAAAAAAAAAUAAUAAAUAUAUUUGGAAAAUACUUACACUAUCUAGCCCCAAAGUAAGCAUCAUGUGUUAUAGCUGAUUUCAUGGUAUAUAUUUAUUAAAUUGAAAUAAAUUCAUGUCAAUUUCAUCUACGUUAAUUAUAUUUAUAUUAAUUCGUUUGGUAAUUAUCUGAAUUUCCACUAUGAUUUUAAAAACUAUCUAUAAUGAUUGGUUGCACUAUACUUACAGAUCUUUGUGUAAUGGCAGUGGUGUUGCCACACAACAAGUUUGUUAGUUCCAAUUUUAUUAACUUCUACUUUUUUAUGUCGCACUCUAAUUUGGUCUCUUUUAGAACUACGUUCCGCCUUUGAGAAUAUUGUGCGGCCUACUCGUAUGUAUAAAUUACUGAGUUCAUGACGAAUUUUAGAUAAUUACCUACGUUUGUUUAUUUGUCAUCGUUGAAGGUACCUACCCAGGCAGUGACUUCAAUUCCUAAGCAGCUGUGACUUACCUUAGCCUAUUGGUCCUAAGGCAUACCCCAUCAUGUGCCGCAGUUUUAAGGGAUAAUUAAUUUAAAAUUACCAAACUGAGCAUUUAUCUUAAGUAAUUUAUAUUUUUAUCGAAUUAACAAUUUGGUGUUGACGUUUCCAAAUUAAUUUUUAAGUUUCCUUGCAUUUUAUAAGAUAUCUUAGUCAAACAUCCAAAUGAAAGCCUUGUUAAAUAAAAGAAAUCUUGGUUUUCGGUUUUUCAUGUGAUUUUACCCGACUGCGUCAGAAGGAUGGCCUAAUGUUUUCAUUUAUAAUUUUAUUACUUUAGGUAGGCCUUGUCAUUAAUUUAGGUAUACUAUUUUAAAUUACUAUUGUCUUUUUGUUUUUUUACGGUUUUAUGUAUAUAAUAUUGUAGGUAUGUUGAAAAUGCAAUCUUGGGUGCUCGCAUUUUAUAAAUAUUUAUGUAUACCUGACACAGAAAUCUAGAUAAUGCCCUGAAACAUUUGUUUAAAAUUUAUUUAUGCGAGUUAAAUCUUUCGUUUUUCUUUCAUAUGGAUAUGUUGUAGUCAUCGGAUUGAUUUAGCUAGCUGAUGGAAUGCCUAGGCCGUUCAUUACCCACAGAACAGAAAACGCUAAAGCUAAUGCUGCAUACAAAUACGCGCACUCGCAGAAAAAAACAAUUUUACUGUCUAGCAUCAUUCAUCAUUAAUCAUCCCAUGUCCCAUAUUCUUCUCACUGUUGAGCUUGAGUCUUCUCACAGAAUGAAACGGGUUAGGCAUUGGCCUAAACUUCCCUGAAGUCCACCACGCUGCAGCUGGCCCAAUUGAUUGGCAGACUUUACACAAGCAGGGUAUUAAGAAAAAUUUCUGCUAUGCUGGUUUUCUCACGAUGUUUUUCCUUCACCGUUUGAGACACGUGAUAUUCAAUUUCUUAAAAUGCACUCAACAGAAAAGUUGGUGGUGCAUGCCUCGGACGGGAUUAGUACCCACACCCUCCGGAAUCGGAGGCAGAAGUCAUAUCCACUGGACUAUCACGGCCCUGUAUGCUGUCUAGCACUAGCAAUAACAUAUAACUAUUAUUUCACAAUGUUCGACCGUCCGUCUGUCCAAGGUUUAGUGCAUUGAAAUUUGGCAUGGGUAUGUAAAUAUACAUAUAAAAUGCUAAAAAAAAUCAAAAAAUAAAUCAUUUUUGUGAUUUCUUCCCUACAUGUAAAAUGAGGAUGAUUUUUAUCUCGUCUAUCGCACAGUAUGCGAUAGUAAGUAUACAUACUAUAACUAUUACACACUAUCACUAUUACUAUGGGUAUUUUUGCAACAAUUACGUACCUACGUACUUACUUAGGUUAUAUUCUAUUGGGAUCAGUUAAAUUGUGUAGGUAUGUAUUUAUUUAGAUUUCUGUGUUCCUAUAUUAAUAUAAAUUUACGAAUUGAAAGAUAUAGUUAACAUCCCCUUCCGCACUGUGUUAUAAAAUCAAAAUAAUUGGUAUCACGAACUAAAGAAACACUACAUUGGUAUGUUGCGUUGUUCCCUUUUCAUUACCCGACUGCAAGAAGGGUUAUGUUUCUCGCGCGUAUCUUAUAUGUAAUUUUACUAAGGUAUUUAUUAUUUGUGUAAAUAUCUGUGUAAAUAAAAAAUACAAUUAAAA